AGUGAACUGCAGAAAGUCACUUUGUGCCGCCAAAAUGCCUGUCAACACGCGCAAGAGGAAGGUAGUGACAAGGCCGGUCCCAGAGUCGAGUGACUCGGAGGGGGAAUUAGCUGACGGGCUGCUCGAGGGAAUCCUGUCGCAUUCUGAAGACGAGUCGGAAGACAGCCAGGAGGAGGAUGUUGAGACGGAUGCAAGCAGUGUAAUCGAGGGCCUGUCGGACGAAGAUGAAGAGGACGAGGAAGACACGUUUGAAAGCGACGAAAAGCGAAUUCGCGAGCAGAUUCGAAAUCUCAACACCUCGGACGGCGCAGACGGUGAUCUGGACGAACAAGACGAGGACUUGAAGCCCAACUACACUGUCACAACCGACGCCCGUGGCAACGUCCGCUACCUAUACAAAGAAAUUGACCCGGUCUACGAGUCGGACGAUUCGGACGCUGAAGCGACCAACACAAUCGGAAACAUACCCCUCACCUACUACGACGAGUACCCUCACAUUGGCUACGACAUCAAUGGCAAGAAGAUCAUGCGCCCUGCCAAGGGAGAGGCGCUGGAUGCUCUGCUGGAUAGCAUCGACAUUCCCAAGGGCUGGACUGGCCUGACGGAUCCACAGACAGGAAAGCCCUUGAAUCUCUCAGAGGAAGAGUUGGAUGUGCUCAAGCGGCUUACAAGGAAUGAGGUGGUGGAAGACGGAUAUGACCCUUACCCAGAAAUGGUAGCCUACUUCUCAGGAAGGCAGGAGAUCAUGCCACUGAGCGCUGCGCCAGAGCCGAAGCGACGAUUCGUGCCCUCCAAACACGAAGCAAAGCGGGUCAUGAAGAUUGUAAAGGCAAUCAGAGAAGGUCGCAUUAAGCCAUACAAGGCGCCGACCGAAGAGGAGGAGGAAGAGCAGGUCUACUUCGAUGUAUGGGCGGAUGAGAAACCGCGACCAGAGCACUCGAUGCACAUUCCUGCUCCAAAGCUACCUCCACCAGGCUAUGAAGCCAGUUACCAUCCACCGCCGGAGUACCUACCAGACAAGGCAGAAGAACAAGCUUGGCUGGAGCAAGAUGCGGAAGAUAGAGAGAAGGAAUUCUUGCCCAAGAACUUCGACGCUUUACGCAAGGUUCCUGGUUACGAAACAUUCGUGAAGGAGCGAUUUGAGCGGAGCUUAGAUCUAUACCUAGCUCCGCGUGUGCGAAGAAACCGACUCAACAUCGAUCCCGAAUCACUCCUUCCCAAGUUACCCGAUCCAGAAGAGUUAAAGCCAUUCCCAACCACUUGCGCAGCCAUCUACCGUGGACAAGAAGGACGUGUUCGCUGCGUCUCAGUAGACCCACAAGGUAUCUUCGUUGCUAGUGGCGGCGACGAUGGCUUUGUACGGAUAUGGGAGUUGCUCACAGGGCGACAAGUCUGGAACGCGAGGCUAUCGGACGAGGAAGCUGUCGACACAGUUCAAUGGAGACCCACAAAGGACGCAUCGAUACUCGCGGCUGCUACCGGCGAAAGCAUCUACUUGAUUGUCCCCUUCACGCUCUUGUCUCCCGACGUAGAGCAAGCUAGUCGCGAGGUCCUCGACGCCGGUUGGGGUUAUGCAGCAUCAAAGCCCCCCACAUCAGCCAACAGCGAAGCGCCCAAGCUACCACCAGGCAAAUGGAGCCGCCCGGGAACCCGUCUCGAGAAUAAAGGCGUCCUUGUUCUCAUUGAAGUCCGGUCCGCAGUCAAAGUUAUCAACUGGCACCGUCGAGGCGACUACUUCGCAAGCGUCUCCCCCCGAGGCCAAAGUACGGCCGUAGCCAUUCACACAGUAUCUAAACAUCUGACCCAGCUCCCCUUCCGCCGCCUGAAAGGUAUCGCUCAAACCGCCCAAUUCCACCCCUCAAAGGCCAUCUUCUUCGUUGCUACCAGGAACACCAUCCGAAGCUACGAUCUCGCGAAGCAAGAACUCGUCAAGAUUCUUCAACCCGGUGCGAAAUGGAUAUCAUCCAUUGACGUACACCCCGGCGGCGACAACAUCAUCGUUGGAACCUACGACAAGCGUCUGCUGUGGCACGAUCUCGACCUCUCCAACAAACCUUACAAAACUCUCCGUUUCCACAAAGAAGCCAUUCGCGCCGUCAAGUUCCACCAAGGCGGGCUACCGUUGUUUGCGGAUGCAAGUGACGAUGGCAGUUUGCAGAUUUUCCAUGGCAAGGUUGUGGGCGACUUGAUGGAGAAUGCGACAAUUGUGCCGCUUAAGGUGUUGAGGGGCCACAAGGUGAAGAGCCGGUUGGGAGCUAUGGACUUGGAUUGGCAUGCGAGGGAGCCGUGGUGUGUGAGCGCUGGCGCAGAUGGGACGGUGAGGCUGUGGUGUUAGACGCAUGGUACGAUAUCAGUUGUGGCAUUUGGCGGCGUUUGGGAAAAACUAUGAAGACUGCCCUUUUAGCAACCUUGUCGUUUGCUGUGAUGUCCACUCACGGCCAUUUCAUGGUUCGUAUCAUAUCCUCCAUACUACGCAGCAUGUGAAAGUCUGGGCGUUCACAAGAUACAAUGUACUGCUAUAGACAAGGCGUUUGCUAGUACAGUUUUCGUUCGCAACGCCACGCUAGGUCUUACAAUAGCACCGACAUCACCCAC